GAACUAAAGAGAACCGGGAUUCCCUAGCUAAUCAAACAAACCUGCUUUUGACUGAUCCAAUUUAGAGAUCUCUACGUCCAGGAUUAGCUUGUUUUGGUGUCUAUGCAAGGAACCAUGGGAGUCACAAGCUUAUGCAGAAUAGCAGACAGCAGGUGUAUAAAACAGAGAUUUCAGCAGAGUUCCAGCUAAAUACCUUAGCUGGCUUAAAUGAUUGAAUCAAUCCCUCACUGCACUACACCAACAAUGAUUUUGGAUGAUGAAGACUCGGUUUUUGCAGAGAUUGCAAUUGCUGAACAUGAUAUAGAGACCCCACAUGGUGUCAUCCAUGUCACCAUGCAAGGACUACCCAAAGGAAAUAGACCCGUCAUCCUAACCUACCAUGACAUUGGACUGAAUCAUAAGUCUUGCUUCAACUCCCUCUUCAGCUUCGAGGACAUGCAUGAAAUUACCCAGCACUUCGCAGUGUGUCAUGUGGAUGCUCCAGGGCAGCAGGAAGAAGCCCCUGCUUUUCCAAUAGGGUAUAAUUAUCCGUCUAUGGACCAGCUUUCUGAUGUGCUUCCACUGGUUCUCAAUAAUUUGGGUCUAAAAAGUGUUAUUGGAAUGGGUAUUGGUGCUGGUGCCUACAUCCUAUCUAAAUUUGCGCUAAAUCACCCUGAGUUGGUGGAAGGAAUGUUGCUCAUUAACAUUAAUCCCUGUGCAGAAGGAUUGAUCGACUGGGCAGCUAAUAAGAUUUCUGGAUGGGCACAUGCUCUGCCAGAAUCAAUCAUUACUCAUCUAUUCGGAAAGGAAGAAAUCCAGAACAACCACAACUUGAUCCAAACAUACCGACAACUUAUCACCAAUGAGAUCAACCAAAGCAAUCUUCAGCUCUUUGUAAACUCAUACAACAGCCGAAGAGAUCUUGAAAUCGAACGACCUAUCCCUGGACAAUCAAAUGUGAAAACCUUGAAAUGUCCUACGCUUCUGGUUGCUGGAGAUAGCUCACCAGCUGUUGAUGCCGUGGUGGAAUGCAACUCUAAACUGGACCCAACAAAGACUACUCUUCUGAAGAUGGCAGAUUGUGGCGGUCUACCUCAGGUUGAUCAGCCUGCAAAACUUACAGAGGCCUUUAAAUACUUCAUACAGGGCAUGGGCUACAUGCCCUCUGCAAGUAUGACCAGACUUGUCAGGUCGCGCACUGCUUCUGGCUCCAGUGUGACCUCUAUGGAGGGGAACCGGAGCCGAGCCCAUACUGGUGAAGGCACAAGGAGCCGCUCUCACACUGGAGAGGGCAGUAGGAACCGCACCCACACCUCGGACGGCUCUCGCAGCCGCUCACACACUGACACCGACAUCGAAUCCAACUCCUCCCAUGCAACUGCGGGUCCGCCCGUCCCCAAGGCCAUGGAGCUGUCCUGUUAAACCACAUCCACAUCCUGCUUAAAAAAACAACACUGCUACCUGUGUUCCACCGCUGCUUAUCACGAAAACCAAAGGAUUUCUUUGUGUUUUUGUCCCGUUUUAGUUUUUAAUUACAGAUCAAGUGAGAGAUGUGCAGAGUUUCUACUCUUUCAGCAGUAGGGUAUGCUUCUGACAAUCUAAAACUACUUUCGUGGUGGAAUUGAGAUAGGUAAUGCUUUUGAAGGUAGGCUUUGUUUUGCAGUGGUUUGGGCCACUUGGAUCAAAAUGAUGGCAAAUGUCCUCAGCUACACUACACGGUUUCCAAUGUUUGGUAACCUGAAUUUAAUGAUUUUUUUUUUUUUUACAUUGUAGUUCAUAAGCUUUAAAGUUCAGUUUGCUUUGGGUUUUUAAUGUUCUUGAAAGUGUUUAUUUUGGUGCCAGCACUGAUAAACUACUGUAGGUGUGGAGGUAUGGCUGUCAUUGUAACAUCCUUCAUUGAAAUUGCAUUUUUAAAGCUUUCUUCUUGUAAAUGAAAAAUAAACACUUGGCAAAUGAUUAAUGUACUGCUAUUUUGUAAAUUACAUUGUUCUUUGCAAGUUUGUCCAAUGGAACAAAAAAGUGCCAUUGAUCCCAGUAUUUGCAUUUUCAAGCUUUUUUGUUUGUUUUAAUAAAUCUAUGCUGGUAUAAAACAGCAAUGUUUAAUAUUUGAUAAUUAACAACAUACUACAGGGUGAGCUGACUUGCUUACUGAAAAAGCUUAAUAUUUUAAUAAAAUUGUAACUAUUGAUUUGUUUGCUUUAUAGAAAAAAUAAAAUGGACCUUGUAAAGAUACAAAAUUGUAGAGGGAGAAUCGGUUUUCCUAAUGACGAACAUUUGUAUUUAUUUAAAUAAAAUGUGCAACUUUGCAAAUACUA